AUGCUUUACCAACUGAUUCUCUGCCAGUUACUAAUCAUUCCUAUAGUUCUUGCAAUAGCUGAACUACCAUUGGCUCCGUAUAAUGUGAAGAUCUACUGUAGACAAGGAAUUCGUUAUACUAAGCAAUCGCAAGCAGCCGUUCAAUGCCCUUCUUCUUCGACAGCUUGUGGCUAUUUCGAGUUUAAAGCUCCCAAUAAGCAGGGAGAAGACAAAACUGGCUUAUUCGAUUGUGUGGAUGCGGGUAUACUAGCACUCAAUGAGUCAGCAGAUGAAGAAGACUAUGCAGAUGCCAAAUCACCUCUGUUUUCUGAGCUUUGUGGAACAAUGCCAGGCUGUUCAACCAUUAAUCUCGACAUUCUAAAUCCAGCUUUCACAAAAUACUUGGUUACACAUUAUGGUCUUCGUUUGGAAGAAAUGUCAUCAACAACGAUCCGAUUCUGCUGUUCACUCUACUAUUCAACUCUUCAAAAACUCGUCAUAUCUGGUUAUGACAAACUUCCAUCUGUUUCUGCUCCUCCCGUACAUUGUGGAGCAGAAGUUUGUGGUCAAGGAGCUAUUGGUUGUCUUUUACAUCAGGUUUCUUCGACAGAAGAUGAGGAAGAAUAUGAAGAGGAUGGAAAUGAAGUAGAGGAUGACUCUCAAUAUCAUCUCAAGAGAAGACGUAGAUUUAAAGAGCUUCUUUAUGUUUCUGAAGAAGAUUAUGGUGUUAAUGCAGUUCAGUUGGAUUUUGAUGACGAUGUCGAGGACUUGACUAUCAUCACAACUACGCAGCUUCCAUCUACUACAACAGCAAAGCCACUUGUUAAGAAACAACACAAAAUCAAAAAACCAAUUGAAACUCCUCAUUGGCCUGAAAAGAAGAGCAAUGUUACCAAAACGAAUAGUACACUACCCUCACUUAAGUUGCCUUAUGGAGAAGUAGACAAGAAGCGUGGUAGCAGUGUGAAAACAAAGAAUGGAGUCAAGUAUGCUGUCAUCGACGAAGAUUUUGAAGAAGAUGAUGAUUACGAAGAAGGCGAAGAAACGCAUUGUGUUUAUCGCCAUUUGAACGAUGAGCUGUAUCGAUACUGUAUGUUAGUACAUCAAAUGAAAGAUGGAGAGAGAUGUUUCCAUCAUCGAGGACACACAAUUUGUUGUUGUUUUGUUCCACCAGAUAGAGAAACAUGUGAUCCCACUGAACCUGAGCUUACUCUUCCUCCUACUUCCAAACGUCUUCCAUCAAAAAUCCUCGUGACAGCGCCAACAUAUACAGUAACUUCUCGACCCGUUGAAAUAUCAACAACGAGUACAACAACGACUACAACAUCCACAACGACUACAUCUACAACUCCUGCUCCAACAACAGCUAUCAAAAUUCGAACAAAUCGAAUAUCGUAUAUGAAUCGGAAAAGUCCGUGCAGAGCAGUCUAUCAUCGUUCCAAAACGAAAGGUGUUACAAGAACGAUAGUGUGUGAUCUUUCGUUUCAAAAUAAUUUUAAUAUUUUCAUUGUUGCCAUCUCUUUCUUGUUACAAGUGUUAUUCUAUAAUUGA